AUGGGAAGCAUCGCCCCAGAAGCAGCCACCACCCCCAUUUUCCAAACCCCAUGGAUCCAGACCCCCCUCGUCGAGUCCGCCUCUCUCUCCCGCGCAGCAGGCUGCCGCAUCUUCCUCAAACUCGAAAACGUCCAACCAAGCGGCUCCUUCAAGUCCCGCGCCAUGGGCAACCAGAUUCUCUCGCACCUGAAGAACCCAGCCAACGCAGGCCGCCCGGUGCACUUCUACGCCUCGUCCGGCGGCAACGCGGGUCUUGCUGCUGUCUGCGCAGCCAGGAGUCUGGGGUACCCGUGCACGGUUGUGUUGCCGACGAGUACGAAGCCGAUGAUGGUGGAGCGGUUGCGCACGGCGGGAGCGGUUAGUGUGGUGCAGCAUGGGGAGACGAUUUCCGAGGCGGGGGAGUUUAUGAAGGAGGUGUUGAUGAAAGUUGUUGAGGAGGGGGAGAGUGAGGAUGUGGUGAAGAUUGCGCUGCAUCCGUUUGAUAAUGAGCCGAUUUGGCAGGGGAACAGCACUAUUGUCGAUGAGCUUGCCACACAGCUUCCUACGUCUGCAUCUGCGGAAUCUUACCACGACAGACCCCUCCCGCUCGAUGCAAUUAUAUGCAGUGUUGGCGGCGGUGGCCUCCUCAACGGCCUGAUCAUGGGCCUCGAGCGAGAACGCCAGAAGAAGCACCUCCCCGUUUCCAAGAAAGACAUUCACCUCCUCGCCAUCGAAACCCAAGGCACCGACUCUCUCGCCCAAGCCAUGGCCCAGAAAUCACACAUCUCGCUUUCCAAAAUCACCUCCCAAGCUAUCUCCCUCGGCUGCGUCCGCGUUUCUGAAAAGACCUUCAACUACGCCCUCUCCCCGCCACCGGGGCUCAAAGUGCACAGCGCCGUUUUGUCAGAUGCAGAUGCUGCGCGCGGCUCGCUCCGUCUUGUUGAUGAUGAGCGGUUGCUUGUGGAAUUGGCGUGCGGUGUCUGUGUUGAGGCUGCUGUUGGCGAUGCUGGCAGAACGCGUGCCGCUGCUAUCAGCAAGAAGCGGAAGAGGUCUGCUUCUGACGAGGGGUAUGGGGAUGAUCGGUCUUCUGUCGAGAAUGAGUCUGACCCGGAGGAAUACAACCACUCCGCAUCUUCUUCUUUCAGUGCCGGAUCUUUGCCGUCGUCGGUAUCGGGUGAGGCUGGCUUGUUGCAGUCGAAGCUGAAGCAAUUGGUGCCGGAUUUGAACUCUGAGAGCCGUGUCGUGAUUGUUGUUUGUGGUGGGAGUAAUGUUUCUGUUGAUGUAGCUGUGGAGUGGAGGAAGAUGCUGCGAGAGGGAUGGGGUGAGCAGUAA